ACUAAUCCCAAGUUGAGGGAUUUAACCACGAAUAAACCUUCCCACUUACCAUACUUGUUAACACUCAGAGCACAACCCUUACAGGUUAGUAGCAUAGAGGCUGACAAGGAUGCUUACAGCAUUGAUGGUCCAAAUAACGUCCAAGAGUUCUCGGUCGCAAGAGGGGAAUUGCAGCUCUAUUCGAAAGUACUCUUGAAAAUCAUAUCAAAUCACGGCAAUCCGGAUCUGACGUGUCUCUACCGGGUUCAAGUUCAUGAUCAGCUCAUCCACGUCGAUGUGACCCAAGAUGCCAUGAUCACUGCGAUCAUCGUUGUUCUUAACCUGAUCAGUCUUGGUGCAUCUGGUCCGCUACCGACCGAUAAACCACUCGGACCUAGAUCAUUCUCAAGUACUCAUAUCUCUCCGUAA